AUGAAAUUCACUAAUAGAGACUACACGGUCGCAUGGAUCUGCGCCUUGCCGCUGGAAUUGAGGGCUGCAAAGUCUGUGCUCGAUGAAGUUCAUCCAUCUCUGCCUCAAGUAAACUCCGACCAUAAUAAUUACACACUUGGCAAAAUUAGCGGUCAUAAUGUCGCAUUGGCUUGCUUGCCAUCUGGUGUCUACGGAAAAGUAUCCGCUUCGGCUGUGGUAUCACAGAUGCUUUCCACGUUUCCGGAGAUUCGGUUUGGCUUGAUGGUUGGCAUUGGAGGCGGAGUUCCCAGUACUGGGGUUGAUGUUCGCCUUGGCGAUGUUGUGAUCAGCAAGCCAACAGGCCACGAAAGCGGUGUUGUCCAACAUGAUUAUGGCAAAAUUCCCCGUGAUGGAAAUUUCCAGCAAAAUGGCUCCCUUAAUAAGCCUCGUCCCAUUUUGUUAACCGCUUUGUCUCAAAUGGAGAGCGACAGUAUAUCACGAAGACGCCAGGUUAGAGACAUAAUCAAUGCAGUACAGACUGAAUAUGAAUACGGACAAGAAUAUAUCCGACCAAUGGAUGACGGGUUAUUCAGAGCUACAUAUGACCAUACAGAUGAGACACAAGAUUGUUCUACAUGUGACCAGAACCAACUAGUAGACCGUGAUCCUCGAGAAACCAGCAUGCCUGAUUUUCAUUACGGUUUAAUUGGUUCUGGUGAUCAGGUUAUGAAGAAUGCCAAAAUUCGGGACUCUAUUGGGAAACAGUGGAAUUUGCUCUGUUUUGAAAUGGAAGCUGCUGGCUUUAUGGAUCAACUCCAGCCUCUCGUGAUCCGAGGGAUAUGUGACUAUUGCGACUCCCAUAAAAAUAAAAAGUGGCAAGCGUAUGCAGCCCUUGCUGCUGCUGCGUAUGCUAAAGUGGUCCUAUCAGAAAUUCCUGCACCUCCAAUUAUUAGCAUUGAUGUCAAAUUGCAGGAAUACUAUGAGAUGGAUAAUCGUCUGAGGAUUAAGCGCCUCUCUGGAGAUUUUCUGGAUAUGGAGCAAUGCUACAUCAAUCUUUCUAUUAUAGAAUACCAACAUAAGAACCACGAUAUAAAGUUGCCAGCAGCACAGCCAUCCUCGGGGUUUUCACUGCUCAAUCGCCUAAAAAUAACAGCAGAUAGCCCUGAAAGGGAAGUCACGCUUCCAAACCUAUUUCAUGACCGAAAACUUCCGGAUGGCCGAAUGAUCCAGCCCAGACGGAUUUUAAUUCGAGGACGUGCGGGUGUUGGGAAAACAACACUGUGCAAAAAGAUUGUGCAUGACUUUUACCACCAACAGAUGUGGGCUGGCCUUUUCGAUCGUGUUAUAUGGAUACCUUUGCGAAGGCUCAAGGGGAUGUCGUGCCUGGAUGAAUUUUUCCGCCGGGACUACUUUUCUUUUCAAGCUGAGCGUGACAGUUUAGUUUCCAAACUCUGGAAAACGGUUUUUGAUCCAAGCCAUAAAAGAACUCUCUGGUUAUUGGACGGCCUUGAUGAAAUAUCAGCAUAUCGCAAUAUUUCCGGUACUGACAUGACUGAAAUAUUCAACCACCUAUUAAGUCAAGCUAAUGUGGUCAUUACUUCCCGUUCAUAUGCUGUGAAUAUUUCUGGUCUUGCUCCUUUCGACCUAGAACUAGAGACAGUAGGAUUUCAUCCACGUCAGGUGCAGAUCUACUUGGCCAAAACUAUGAAGGAUCCAGAUAUUACAGAUCAGAUCCAUUCUUUUAUUCGGAGUCACUGGCUAAUCCAGGGACUUGUUCGAAUACCAAUCCAGCUUGAUGCAUUAUGCUAUAGUUGGAAUAAGAACAACUUCCAUUCUGAUGCUUCACCACAAACUAUGACAGAAAUAUACCAGGCCAUUGAAUUAAAGUUAUGGCAAAAAGAUAUCUUGAACUUGGAGAAUACAAGACAGUUAAGUGAAACCGCGGUCCAGAAUCUACGAAAACGCUGGCAGAUUCAGUCGGAGGUGGAGACGGAGAUGAAAUUCCUAGAAUGUCUUGCCUUUACAGGGUUAUACAGUGAUAUUAUUGAAUUUCAUCAAGAUCAUCGGGAUUGGCUCUAUGAACAAUCGCAAUUUUACCAGAUGUCAGAUAAUGUCCUUGACCGACUCUCCUUUCUGCGCACAUCAGAUACUACAAGCCAGGACCGGAGUUAUCAUUUUAUACAUCUUACUUUCCAGGAAUUUUUCGCUGCUCAGCAUUUCGUCCGGUGUUUGAUAUCCGAAUCCAGCGAACCACUUCUCUCUCUCAAGCUCGACCGCUUGCGGGGAAAAUGUACCAUGAAACUAUCACCAGAGGAAUUUCUCCAGAAAAACAAGUUUGUCACAGGGCUGCUGUAUAAUAUUGAUGAAGAGCAAGUAAGCUCAUUCCUUCAAAAAAUCGAGAAGGAGCCACGAGAUUUACUUGGCCCAGCACACCAGCGACUGCUUAUGCACUGCUUCAGCGAGCUACCUCAGCCAGAAGAUUCGGAACUGGCAGGGAACAGCAAUGAUUUCUUACGACGUCUUCGAGAAAAAAUGGAACUUGGAUGUAUACAAUGGUUUGAUUAUGAGAACAAAUGCCUUCAAGAAAUGCGCCUCUGCGCUGAGAUUGAAUUUCCAGAUCAUGUCCUGUGCGAAUUACUUGAGAAGAACUUCUUGCAAAGGAGAAGAUCCCACAGAGAAAAGAUUCUAAGAGCAUUAGCCCAUCGUUGGCAUAUGUCGUCCAAGCUCAUGGGUAUAACCGCAAACUUUAUGGACGACAGCGACUCGGACGUGAGGUGGGCGGCCAUUGAUGCCUUACGCACACAAUCUCCCUUGCCACUCAGGAUCCUCCAGGCGGUCACGUGUCGAUUAGACGACAGCAAUAUGUACGUGAGGUGGUUGGCUAUUAGUACCUUAGGCAAGCAAUCUCCCUGGCCACUCGAAAUCCUCCAGGCAGUUAUGUACCGAUUAGAUGAUAGUGACACAGACGUGAGGGAGGCAGCCAUUGAUGCCUUAGGCACCCAAUCUCUCUGGCCACUUGAGAUCCUCCAGGCAGUUAUGAGCCAAAUGGAUGAUAGCGACCCGGGCGUGAGGCGGGCAGCUAUUAAUGCCUUAGGCACACAAUCUCCCUUGCCACUCAAGAUCCUCCAGGCAGUUAUAUGCCGAUUAGAUGACAGCGACCUAGGCGUGAGGCGGGCAGCCGUUGAUGCCUUAGGCAUACAAUCUCCCUUGCCGCUGGAGACCCUCCAGGCGGUCACGUGCCGAUUAGAUGACAGCGACCCAGGCGUGAGGCGGGCAGCCGUUGAUGCCUUAGGCACACAAUCUCCGUGGCCGCUCGAGAUCAUCCAGGCGGUCACAUGCCGAUUAGAUGACAGCAAUAGGGACGUGAGGUGGGCAGCUGUUGGUGCCUUAGGCAAACAUUUUCCCUGGCCGCCCAAGAUCCUCCAGGCGGUCAUGGGCCGAUUAGACGACAGCGACCCGUGCGCGAGGCAGGUAGCCGUUGAGGCCUUAGGCAAUCAAUCGCUCUGGCCACUCGAGAUCCUCCAGGCGGUCAUGGGCCGAUUAGACGACAGUAAUAGGGACGUGAGGUGGACGGCCAUUAAUGCCUUAGGCACCCUAUCUCCCUGGCCGCUGGAGACCCUCCAGGCGGUCACGUGCCGAUUAGAUGACAGCGACCCAGGCGUGAGGCGGGCAGCCGUUGAUGCCUUAGGCGUACAAUCUCCCUUGCCGCUCGAGAUCAUCCAGGCAGUCACAUGCCGAUUAGACGACAGCAAUAGUGACGUGAGGCGGGCAGCCGUUGGUGCCUUAGGCACGCAAUCUCCCUGGCCGCUCGAGAUCAUCCAGGCGGUUACGUGCCGAUUAGAUGACAGCGACCUAGGCGUGAGGUGGCAAGCUGUUAAUGCCCUAGGCACGCAAUCUCCCUUGCCGCUGGAGAUCCUCCAGGCGGUGAUGGGCCGAUUAGACGACAGCAAUGGGGGCGUGAGGCAGGCAGCCGUUCAUGCCUUAGGCAAACAUUCUCCCUGGCCUCCCGAGAUCCUCCAGGGGGCCAUGGGGCGAUUAGAUGAUAGAGACUGGCAAGUCGCGUCCGGACUAGAAGCUCUCUUGUGGAAACAUGAUGAUUUCCUUUCUCCUUUCCUACAUUUGCAUGCUGAUGCUGUCUCGGCAUUGUGCAGAAUUUGGAUCCUAAGAAGUAUACAUGAGACCUUUGUCUGCUAUGUGUGUGAUGAAAACAUUUAUUUUGAGAUACCGGACGGGAAAAGGUCAUUCCUUUUAUCUAAGGAGAAAAUCCAGCAGCUCAAGCAUACACUGUGGGUCGCUACCCUCAAUAGCCCGAUAUUGCGUUUGGUUUACGGAGAUGGGAUUCCGUUUACCGCAUUGAGAAAUUAA